UCAAAUCCUUUACACUCCACUUCAAUAAAAUUUAAGCUUUAUUUGCUUAUUCUUCACUGGGACUUCAGAAUAGAGCCAUACUAUAAAAAAAAAAGGAGAGAUCAGGUAAGAAGAGAGAAUAAAAGAAAAAACUAAUCCUGUCGAUGAAAGAGCUAGGUUCGGACAUGGAGGAAGAAGUUCUUCUACGACUGCCGUUGAAAUCGAUCCUCAAAUUCAAAAGCGUCUCAAAACAGUGGAGAUCAUUACUGGAGUCGAGGAGCUUCUCGGAGAGGAGGCGGAUCCUUCCUCAAAAAAAUCAAAAGAAGAUGCAAUUCGUGGCCGCUUUGCUCUUAGACUUAAAAAAAAAAUCCAGAGCUAGUAGUGGACGAUGAAGAAGAGGUGGAGAUGAUCUAUCUAGACUGUGAUUUCGCCAAAUUACUACCUUCGAAGGAGGUCAAAGUGGACAGUGAUAUCUCCAGACGACCGUCGCUGUCCUGUGACGGUCUGGUUUGCAUGCCCGUACCAGGCUGGAUCAACGUUUUGAAUCCUUGCACCGGAGAGUUCCUUAGAUUCCCUUCCGGCAGAGAUCCAAUGAUAACCGACAUCAUCGAAGAUGGAGCCGGAAGGGGAUUUGAAGUAUUUCCUGGAUACUGGAGGAUGGGAUUCGGUAAGGACAGAGUUAACGGGAGCUAUAAGGUAGUGAGGAUGUUCUUCGAGCCUCACUAUUACUGCGAGAUUCUUGAUAUAAACAUUGGGGUAUGGAGGAGACUGAGGAGUAUGCCUCUUUUCUAUGUGGGAGAGAGAUUGAAGUCGGCGUUUGUGGAUGGAUCCAUCUACUGGUUAGAAGUCGAUAGUUAUCACCAGACUCAGAAGAUACUAGCUUUGGAUCUACACACUGAAGAGUUUCGUAGCGUUAGGACACCACCUCGAUUCUGCAAGUCAGGGCAGAUAGCUAACCUCGAAGACCGUCUAGUCGUAGCCGCACAGGAUAUACAGGAGACUCGGUUUAAGUUUUGCAUAUGGAGCAUGGAUGAUGCAAAAGAAGAAACAUGGAGCAUCACUUACUCUUUUCCUUUAUCCUCUUCCACGCGUAGCAGUUACAUAUCUAGAUGUAGUCUCUGGUGGCAUUGGUGCAUGCCACUAGCGAUUUCGAAGCGAGGGGAUACUUUACUUUUAUGAUCAGGAGAAGAAGCUGCAUGUGUACUGUUCAGAUACGGGCUUAGUCCGUGGUGUAACUUGUGGUGUUGGCAUACGUAUCGUAGCUCCUUUUGUCGAGAAUCUGCUCCCGAUUCGAGCUUCUUCUUCUAGAAUUAGGACGUUUGGAUUUCGGAAUCUAGACGAGCACGAGGCUUUGAGUUGUCUUAGACAGAUCAAAUCGUCAGUCUCAGAUGUUUUGCGAAAGGAAUGGAUUGGUAUCACCACGACUGUUGUGGCUGUUGUAGUCUUUCUCAAGUAGUUCUUUCUUUCUUCCACCGUUGUAAUGAUUUUUGGGAGAGUUUGUUCUUAGCUUCUAAGCAUGUUUCACUGUUAUCAUCUUUUUUCUUACACUAA